AUGAGGUUUCCACGAGCGGGUUACCUUAAAUGCGAUACGGACGAUGGCUGUGAGAACAAAGAAGAAGGAGGAGGAGAAGAACUCUUUGACACUGUAAAUUCCUCAAUCGUAUCUGGGGACAGCAUCAGGUUCUUUGUGAAUGUCAACUUGGAUGUACAACAGAAUGAUACAGAAAGUGAAAGCGCUGGCUGCGUUUUACUACACACAUCAAGAAAAUACCUAAAAUUAAAGAAUUUUGAGGAGGAAGUCAGAGCUCACCGUGACCUCGAUGGGUUCCUGGCCAGAGCCAGCAUCAUCCUGGAUGAGACGGCAACCUCCCUGGACGACGUCCUGCGGGAGAUGUUGAAACACUUUGCCGAGGACUCUGACAAUGCGGAGCCAAGCUGCAACUUUGACAAAAUCAUGAGCACUUUAUUCACCGAUUCAGGGACCCCCAGGGAAGGGAAUGUUCACCUCUUGUCGGAUACAAUUCAGGGUGUCACAGCGACAGUCACCGGGGUACAGUAUCAGCAGUCCUGGCUUUGUAUCAUUUGCACUAUAAAAUCCCUUCAGCGCCGUCACGUUUGCAUCAGCCGGCUGGAAAGGCCUCAGAAUUGGGGCGAGAACUCCUGCGAAGUGAGAUUCGUCAUACUGGUGCUUGCCCCUCCGAAAAUGAAAAGUACUAAAACCGCCACAGAAGUGGGCCGGACGUUUGCCACGAUGUUCUCAGAUAUCACCUUUCGGCAGAAGCUUCUAGAAACGAAAACGGAAGAAGAGUUCAAAGAAGCUUUGGUCCUCCAGCGUCAUCUGUUGACAGUAGUGAACCAGAGGCCCUCGGCAGUAACAGAUGACCACAAAACACAAAGCCACAAGCCUCUCAAGCUCCACGAGUUCUUCAAUGUUGGCAAGGGAAUUUUUGAUGACAUUGCGCGAAGAUUUCCAGUGUACGCUCUGGACUUCACUGAUGGCAUUAUUGGCAACAACAAAGCCAUAGGCAAAUAUAUCACCACCAUGAUCUUUCUCUACUUCGCCUGCCUCCUGCCAUCCAUCGCUUUUGGUUCCUUAAAUGACGAAAACACAGACGGGGUCAUUGAUGUGCAGAAAACCAUAGUUGGCCAGUGCAUUGGUGGUCUUCUUUAUGCGCUCUUCUCGGGCCAGCCUCUUGUUGUGCUCUUAACGACGGCUCCUUUGGCACUGUACAUCAAUGUGAUCAAAGGAAUCUGCAGCGACUACAACUUGAAGUUCAGUGCUUUCUAUGCCUGGGUUGGACUCUGGAACAGUUUCUUCCUCGUUCUGUACUCCCUCUUUAAUUUCAGCCUUGUAAUGAAGCUCUUUAAAAGGUCAACUGAAGAAAUCAUUGCUCUUUUUAUCUCCAUCACAUUUGUGCUCGAUGCCCUUAAAGGGAUAACCAAAGUUUUUACAAAUUACUACCAUGUCUCCAGACCACACAGCGAACCUAUCAAUAAUACCACCUUCUUGUUGAAUAUGUCAGUGGAGCGGAGUGCCCUAGGCAACCAGACGGACAGCCACGCUGCCACCACACAGUACGGGCGCGAGACGGCCGUUCUCAGCCUCAUGCUGAUGCUGGGGACGCUGUGGCUUGGACACACGCUGUAUCAGUUUAAGAAAAGCCCUUAUUUGCACUCCAGAGUCCGUGAAAUCCUCUCCGAUUGUGCCUUACCCAUUUCUGUGCUAACAUUCUCCAUUGUUGGAUCGUAUUUCUUCAAGGAUAUAAAAAUGUUUAAAUUUAACUACAAUCAAUCCGAGAGCUUGUUCGUGUUGGCUCCUCUCUGGCAACUCUCCAUCGGCUCAGUAAUGAGCGCCAUGGGCCUGGGAUUCCUGCUGUCUAUGCUAUUCUUCAUAGAGCAAAACAUAGUGGCAUCGCUCACCAAUGCCCCAGAGAACAGGUUAGUGAAGGGAACCGCUUAUCACUGGGACCUCCUCCUCGUGGCUCUGAUUAACACCGGGCUGUCCAUCUUUGGGUUGCCAUGGAUACACGCCGCGUUCCCCCACUCGCCGAUGCACGUCCGCGCUCUGGCCUACGUGGAGGAGAGGGUCGAGAACGGGCACAUCUAUGAAACGAUCGUGAGCGUGAAGGAGACCCGGCUGACGACGUUGGUGGCCAACUUCUUGGUGGGCCUCUCGCUCCUGCUCCUGCCUUUCCCGCUGCAGCUGAUCCCGAAGCCCGUCCUCUAUGGGCUCUUCCUGUACAUCGCCCUGACCUCCAUCGAUGGGAACCAGCUUUUCGAGAGGGUGGCCCUCCUGCUGAAAGAGCAGACGGCAUACCCUCCGACACAUUACAUCCGCCGGGUCCCACAGAGGAAGAUCCACUAUUUCACAGGCCUGCAGGUGCUCCAGCUCCUCAUCCUCUGUGGCUUUGGGAUGUCUCCUCUACCCUAUAUGAAGAUGAUCUUUCCCCUUAUCAUGAUCGGAAUGAUCCCUAUCAGGUAUAACUUGCUCCCCAGGAUCAUUGAAGCGAAAUACUUAGAUGCAAUGGACGCUGAGCACUAAGCGCUGGGGGGAACAGCCCCGCAUCCUGG